CUUUUGUUCCACGCUGCAAACGCUGUUAUUCUCUCCUUUUAAACGUAACUUUCUUUGAACCUUCUCGUUCUUUAAGAAACUCUAGAAGCAGUGGAUUUCUCUCCCUAGUCCCUUUUAAGCUUCUCUCUGACGUGUUCUCUCCCUUCUUUAUUUAUAUUCUCUCCAACCUUCCUCGCCCGUGUCCACUCUCCCUUCUCCAACGAAUCUCUCUCUCUCAUUCCCUUUCUCAUCUCUAUUUCUAUUUCACUUCACCAACCCACUCACCACCUUAAACGCACCCAACACCUCAUGGAAGAACAACAAAACCCUUUCAAGAACCACCCUUAUCCCAAGCUCGUAAGAGUACGCGUCGCCGACGCCGACGCCACCGACUCCUCCAGCGACGACGACGACCAACCCUCCGCCUCCUCCACGCGCCGCCGAGUCAAGUGCUUCGUCAACGAGAUUACAGUCCAUGGCGGCGUUAAUGUUGUUUCCAAGAAAAGAAGGUUCAAGUCCGGCGGUGCUCCGGCGAGUCGGCGGCGGGCGGCGGGGAGGAAAUUCCGGGGAGUGAGGCAGCGGCCGUGGGGGAAGUGGGCGGCGGAGAUAAGGGACCCGUCGCGGCGCGUGCGCCUCUGGCUGGGAACCUACGACACCGCGGAGGAAGCCGCCAUUGUGUACGACAACGCGGCCAUUCAGCUGCGUGGCGCCGACGCGCUGACGAAUUUCAUAACGCCGCCAGCGGAGAAAAAUAAAAGCGGGUGGUGCUCCGGCGAAGAGUUGCGUUCCCCCACCUCCGUUCUUGGGUGCUGCUCGGAAGGCGAGUCCGUAACCGCAACGAUGACUGCAAACGACGUGGCGGAGCCUGCGAGUGAAUGCGAAUAUUCGUGCGUUUCGGGGGAUAAGUACUUGAAGUCGGAGUCAGUGUUUCCGAUUCCUAGCGAUGUGGUAUUUGAGUUCGAAAGCACGUUGGAUAUGUUCAAUGUGGCAGAGAGUAGUAUAUUCCUUGGGGAUGAUUUGAGUGAAGGGUUUGUUAGUGAGAAUUUGGAUUUGGGGUUUAGGGAGUGUGAUAAUUUCCAAGACAUUGGGGAUUUGUUCGUUUGGGAUCCCCUUCUCGCUCUUUGAUUCACACCACACCACCUUUUCCUCCUUUCUAUUGCCAAUCAAAAUGGCUUAGUUUUGUAUCGGCGGCAACCCUGGGAUGCUAUCAGUUUUGUUUUUUUUCCCCUUUUUUAGCCAAAUAUCAUGUUUUAUUUUGUUUAUGUUUUCAUAUGGGUGAAGGAGACAUUUUUGUAUUCUAGUACUACUAGACUAGUAUAUGUUUCUUGACACUAGUUGUGAAACCCUGCGUCCCCCGGUCUUGCCUCUUUUCUUUUUUAAUGUUUAAUUCACUUAGCAUAUAAGCUUACCCGUUUGUUGGCACACCGGUUCGCACGUAAAACCAAACUAUCAUUGCUCCUGGAUAUUUACAAACGUUCUUCACUUAUAUAUAUAAAUCCAAUU